GCUUCCAGCUUCAUGGAUUUUGGCCAAUGAAGGACUGCCACAAGCCUGCUGAAGUAUGUAUGACCAAUUGCCCUACUCUGAUUGUCAUGGUGGGUCUUCCAGCGAGAGGAAAAACCUACAUCUCGAAGAAGCUGACACGCUAUUUAAAUUGGAUUGGAGUGCCUACAAAAGAAUUUAAUGUUGGUCAGUAUCGUCGAGAUUUGGUGAAAAAGUAUAAAUCUUUUGAAUUCUUCCUGCCUGACAAUGAAGAAGGCUUGAAAAUCAGGAAACAGUGUGCCUUAGCAGCGCUGAAUGACGUUCGACAGUACCUCAGUGAAGAAAAUGGGCACGUUGCUGUCUUUGAUGCUACAAACACAACUCGAGAACGUAGAGAAACUAUUUACAAAUUUGGUGAAGAAAAUGGAUAUAAGACUUUUUUUGUUGAGUCAAUAUGUGUAGAUCCAGAGGUCAUUGCUGCAAACAUUGUGCAAGUGAAGCUGGGUAGUCCUGACUAUGUUGAUUGUAGUAAUGAUGAAGCAACAGAAGACUUCAUGAAAAGAAUAGAGUGCUACAAGAACUCAUAUGAGACAUUAGAUGAAACUCUUGACAAGGAUCUUUCUUAUAUUAAAAUCAUGGAUGUCGGAAGGAGUUACCUUGUGAACAGAGUAAUGGAUCACAUUCAGAGCCGGAUUGUCUACUACCUCAUGAAUAUCCAUGUGACUCCUCGGUCAAUCUACCUCUGUCGACAUGGAGAAAGUGAACUCAAUCUGAAAGGGAGAAUAGGAGGAGAUCCUGGACUGUCUGUCAGGGGGAAAGAGUUUGCCAAAAGCUUGGCACAAUUUAUUAAUGAGCAAAAUAUCAAAGAUCUGAAAGUUUGGACCAGCCAGAUGAAAAGGACAAUUCAGACUGCUGAAGCCUUGGGAGUGCCUUAUGAGCAGUGGAAGGUUUUGAAUGAGAUAGAUGCAGGAGUGUGUGAAGAAAUGACAUAUGAAGAAAUACAGGAAAAUUAUCCGCUUGAAUUUGCACUGAGAGACCAAGACAAAUACAGAUACAGAUACCCUAAAGGAGAGUCCUAUGAAGAUCUUGUUCAGAGACUGGAGCCGGUAAUUAUGGAACUUGAAAGGCAGGAAAAUGUGCUUGUCAUAUGUCACCAAGCUGUCAUGCGCUGUUUGCUUGCAUAUUUUCUUGACAAGCCUGCAGAACAGCUGCCUUACCUGAAGUGCCCGCUGCAUACUGUCUUAAAGCUAACCCCGGUGGCUUAUGGAUGUAAAGUGGAAUCUAUAUUCCUGAAUGUUGAAGCUGUAAACACACACAGAGAUAAACCCGAGAAUGUAGGUGUGGAUCGGUCCAGAGAAGAAGCUUUGAGGACAGUACCUAACCACCUAUAGCUCCAGUGCCCGGGGGCGGCAGCCCUUCCUCCAUCGCAAGAGCAUUAAGUAGCAGCUCAGGUCCUGGAGAACAGAGAAGGCGUCGCUGGGCGCUGAGUGAGUUGGAACGAAUGCUCCUCCCUGUCACUUUUAAGACAUUUCAAAUGAGAUUCAGCUUCUUUGAAGAAAACCUGUAGUUCCGGAUAACUCCCAGUGCUGAGAGGUAUCAGUAAAAAGAUUUAUGCGAAGCAGAGUAGAAUUGGUUUUAGAUUUUCUGUAUGUAAAUUUGUGCAGUUUCAGUGGUUUUUAGUGUUCAUCUGUGGAUACUGCAAGAUGGUUAAUUGCCCAUGUCAAUUUUACUGUCAGAUUUUACCUAGAUUUUACUUUCUUUUUAAAGUGUUUUUCUAAGAGUUCCUCUUAUUUUUACUGUGAAUGAUUGCCUAGAAUUACCUGGAGAUUUUUUCUGAUGGCAUAUUUAACGUAGGUGAAAUUCUACAUUUUAAGCAUUGGAGGCUUCAUGUUGCAAAACUACCUUAAGUGGGCAAACCUAUCAGCUCUGUCAGCAUCUGUGCUUUAAACUGAGCUUCGGUUUGUCAACCACAACUUAAUUUUUUUCUGCAAGGGGGAGACUUUCCCCUUGUAAAAUAAAAGCAUUAAAGCUAGAUUGGCUACCUUCAAGACCUGUGUUUUUAGCAAGAUUUUAACGUUUUCCAGGGGCCAGGUGUGUUUUGGAGGGCAGUGGAAGACACAGUAUUAAGUGGUGGAUGUGAGUACAGCUAGCAGCCUGGGCAACGAGGGGAGAGAGCAAGGGGCCCUUUCUUGCUGCAGUUAUAGGAGGGGGUGAGUGGCUUUUCUGAGGCUGGAGGGGAGGGGAAAAGUGUUCAGACUAUCCAGGGCUGGAGAAGCUGCUUGUCUUACUAGUGCUAUGAUUUUUAAUGAAUUUUUUUUUUUUUAGGCAAUUUUUGGAAUGAAUUCCAACAUAAAAGUAUAUGUUUCUCUUUUAUAGCCAUAUUUAAUACAUACAUCAGGAAACAGUACAGAAAGGUUAGGUGGAGUUUAACCCUUCAAACAGCUCAUGCAAGGAAAACACCAGGUAAAUUCUGAAACUUUUUUUAACAUAGCGCACCUGCCUUGGGGUUUUCUUGUGUUCAUUUUUAGCACCUUCCACUGUCCCGGUUCUUUACUGCUAUUUUAGACCUUGUGAAACUCCAGUGCUAAAAAUGGAAUUCUCUGUGUCUGUUGAGGCCAUGACCUUUUAACCGAACUAAAUCAACGUGUAUUUGUACGUCUGUUACCAGACAGCCGAAGCGAGCUGCCAGCACUGCUGCUGGCUCUUGGUGCUGAAUUGAGGAGAACGGUCUUUGGUAGCUGGGCUGUGUUUUUCUGAGGACUUCUGUUCACCUAAUUGAGCUAUUACCACGUAUGUUGCUGGGUUUUUUGUUUUGUUUUGUUUUGUUGAGUGUUUGUGGUUUUCUUAUUUUCAAUUCCUGUGUGAAAUACCGGGCCCUCAUAAGGUAGUUUUGCAGGCAAGGGCUAAAUUGUCUUUUGUUUCUGCAGGGUUUAUAAAAUAACGUGCUGCUGUUGUUAUUUGUUCUAAUAAGCUAAUUUCAGCAAUAUAUUCAGCUCUGGAAGUAAGCCAUACCGUAUCGCUGGGUUCCGUUUCAGAUGAGGAACGUGUAGGGUACGGAACAAGCAGAAACACUUGCUUCAAGCGCUGCUGUCUAAAGCUUUGUGUGUGCCAUCCACGCGUUCAUUAAGGCCCAGGUCAGAUCUUUAUUAAUUCAGCCGUGUCCGUAGCUAUUGUGUGAGGAGAGAGGCUGCACAGUGCUGCUCAGAGAAGUUGUUAAUUUAUUGACAUGUAGUUAACAAGGCCACCUUCAUGGCAAAAAAUGUAGAAGUAAUUUCCUCUCCCGAUUUGACGUGUGUGGGGAAGCCGGGCUGCCCUCACUCCUCCAGGCCUCUGCCGUCCAGCCGUGACCAGGGGUUGUUAAACAGUGGUUAAAUUGCCAAGGUCAGAGUUUACCCAUAGUGACGGAGGGCAGAUCCCAGGAGGCUGCAUUAGAAAAGCGGGGCUUUACCGUCAGGUUGUGGCACUUCUUGAGCUCAGGCCUGGUUGCAGAAAUGUGGUGGAAGGAGAUUUCCCCUAGCGAGAGCUGAGCCCAGGGGCUGCUUCUCUUCACCAGCAGGCAUGGCCUGAGGUGUCUCCCCUCUCUCCCUUUCUUUGUUUUACCUCUCUCAACUUUCAGAGGUGCUGUAAAAUUCCUUGAGGCUAAAUGUUUUCUGUAUAGUAGGUAUUUUUAUAGCCUGCUUUUGAAUAUACUGUGAUGAGUGUUUUACUAAGUUGGGUGUUCAGUAAAAAGCAUUGUACACAAGUGUAAAUAAACUGUUAUGCUGAUACUUGAAGAGAAAAAAAAAAAGAAAAAUAUGAAGUUGUCUGUUCUACUUCAGGAAGGUACUAAGUCACUGACUGCAUCCCACCCUUUCUAGCUGGCCAGAGCAAGUGCAUACAAUGAAUGUAGACGGGAGGUGAGCAAUCGGUUCUCCCCGGGGCAUAACCACCUUUCUGGAAGGGCACUGGUAAGCGCUGCAGCUGAUUGUCACUGCCUAAAGCAGCGUAUGUCCCCCCCUCCUGACCGAAGGAGGUGAAAACCCUUGUCCUGACCUGGGUACACCCAUGUUUAUUUUACUGCCUUCUGACUGUUAACGCACUUGCUAGCUCAGAUGCAGUCUCUCAGAUGGGAUUAAACUGUUUUCUUACAUCCUUGGCCUUCGUCGUAAUCUUUCAGACAAAUGUAAUCAUUUGACCUUUGAUACAAUUAAUAAAGAUCAAAUGCUACAAUG